CUAUCGCAGUCACAUGCUUACACUUUAGUUUAGCUUGUUUUCGGUCACGUCAGCUUCGCCACGUGGCUGUAAUAUUUCUAAGUCCUGACUCACACGCUAUUUAUUGCAAAUCGUAAUGCUAUAUAUUGUAAUAAUCAAUGCUGGUUCUCUACAAUUUCGAACUCAUUUCGUCUACUUUCUAAUUUUGAAGAUUUCCCAAUCCCAAUUAGAAACGCUCCUUCGUUCUGGCUCUGGGUUGGAUGUUUUCUUUUACGGAAAACAGAGGGUGAAAAAUUCACUUUGUAUGUAUGUUCCAGGGCUCAGAGCUGAAGGCCUCCCCGAUCUAACUUCUUGCCCGGACCCCCUUUUCGAGGGGCUGCCGGGCGGGAAGGCCUCAAAGCGCCCACCUCUGACCCCUACCCGCUUCUUGCCUGUACCCUAGAGCGUCACCAAACCGGAGGGCGUUGAAGGAGGCAAGGGAGGACCCCGCUGGCUUUUUGCCUGUACCCUACAGACCUGGCAAAGGUGGCAAAGGCUGGGCCCUCUUGUCGUGUUGCAGGUACCCGACAGAGCUGGCAGAGGAGGCAAGGCGAGACACACCCCCUUGGCGUGCUGCAUGUACCCGACAGACCUGGCAAAGGUGGCAAGGCUGGACCCCUCUGGCGUGUUGCACGUGCCCAACCCUACAGACCUGGCAAAGGUGGCAAGGCUGGACCCCUCUGGCGUGUUGCAUGUGCCCAACCCUACAGACCGGGCAAAGGUGGCAAGGCUGGGCCCCUCUGGCGUGGUCCACCCCAGACCCAUCCACAGGGGGGGCCUCCCUCCCUGGUACAUGUAUGCAUUUGUAAUUGGUUUCACGAAAAUGUUAUUGAUACCGCCCAAUAGGGCGAUCUCUGACUCCUUCGCAAAACACCACUCUUAUAUUCAAUAGGAAUCUGAAAGAUUGAGUCAGGGAAAUCUUAGGCAGAUUGCCGAAUAGAUUCGCGUCGUCAUGAAUCUGAAGCAUCGCCCACCAUCGCUAGUCAUUUUGCCGCGGAUGGCUCACAGCCUGAGCCGAAGCUAUUUCUCACGGUUAUGGUAAAGUAGUGAGAUGUCAAUCUGAAAAUAAGAGUCGUUCCUUCGUGAUGUUUUUGUUGAUGCUAAAGUCAGAGAUAGACAAAUAAUGAGUAGUCCGCGUUUACCACUUUAUUUAAAAAACUUCUACAAUGUGUGAAAGUGAAACCCAGCAAAACUAUUUAUUGACAAGAGGGACGAGUGAUAGGAUGACAACGAGCGCAUCGAGGUUGAUGUUGUAGUAACGAAGAUCAAUCUUGAAAAUGCCCUACAACGAUGUUGUCGAGACCAAACGCCCCACGAACAAGGUAUGGUAGAAACUAGUAGGUCGCGCUUUGACUUCCCUCCCGGCGCGCUCAUGGGUUGUAUAAUUUACUGGUAGACGUUUCAGGAACAGAUCAAAAUGAAGAAGACAAACACGGCGUCGAG